AUGGAAAAUGCUUAUUUAUUGUCAGCUUUCAAGACCAUAUCCUUUAUAUAUGAUGUAAUAACAUAUCCUGUGUAUUUAAUAUUACAACAGCCAUGGAAUAAGAAGCAUAAGUCCAAGCAAAUAAAAUCUGAUAUUACCAAAUUUGACGAUCACACAAUUAUUAUUAAAACCUUAAGUAAACCCACAUCGAAUCAUCUUACUCUAGUCAAAGAUAAGAUAGAUACACUACAAAAAGUAUUUCAGUAUGCUGUAAAUAAAUAUGCUUAUUCAUAUUGCCUUGGAACUAGAGAUGUACUUGCUGAAGAAGACGAAGUGCAGCGAAAUGGAAGAAUUUUCAAAAAAUAUGUCAUGGGAGAUUAUAGAUGGAUGACAUUUACAGAAGUGGACAAGGCAUCUGAUCAUUUUGGAAAUGCUUUAGUAUCUCUAGGUCAAAAGCCUAAAGAAAAUAUAGCAAUAUUUGCUGAAACAAGGGCUGAAUGGAUGAUAUCUGUUCAAGGUUGUUUCAAACAAAAUAUACCUGUUGUAACAUUAUAUGCGACCCUUGGAGAAGAUGCAAUAGCACAUGGUAUAAACGAAACUGAGGUGACUAUUGUUAUUACCUCACAUGAUCUGUUACCAAAAUUUAAAAAAAUUUUACAACUCACUCCUCGAGUUAAAACUUUAAUCUACAUGGAAGAUCAAUUAGCAAAGACAAACACCAGUGGUUAUAAAGACGAAGUUGAAAUAAUAUCAUUUAAAUCUGUUUUGAAAAGGGGGUCAGAAUACACAGUUACAGAAAACCAUUUACCAAUAAAGAGUGAUAUAGCAAUUGUUAUGUACACUAGUGGAUCAACAGGCACGCCUAAAGGUGUUAAUCUAUCACACACUAAUCUUAUAUCAACGCUCAAAGCUUUUACUGAUGCUAUUAAUAUAGAUUACAAGAGAGACGUAUUUAUGGGAUAUUUACCAUUGGCACAUGUUUUUGAAUUGCUUGGAGAACUGGCUUGUUUAUUAUGUGGAAUUAGAAUUGGAUAUUCUACACCAUUAACUAUGAUUGAUACAUCUAGUAAAAUCAAACGUGGAACAAAAGGCGAUGCAGCUGUAUUAAGACCAACCCUCAUGACUGCAGUUCCUCUCAUAUUAGAUCGUAUCUACAAAGGCAUUAAUGAAAAAGUUUCUAGUGGGACGACAUUUCAAAAAACGUUAUUCAAAUUUGCAUUUGAAUAUAAAAGAAAAUGGAUGGAACGUGGAUUUCAAACUCCAUUAAUUAAUAUGUUAGUAUUUAAAAAAACAAGCGCAUUAUUGGGAGGUCGUAUACGUUUCAUUCUGUGUGGAGGAGCUCCUCUGUCACCAGAAACUCAUACUCUUAUCAAAAUUUGUCUAUGUGAAAACGUUCAACAAGGUUAUGGACUAACUGAGACUAGUUCAUGUGGAUCUGCAAUGAGCCGAGAUGAUAUGUCAACGGGUCGAGUAGGAGCUCCACUAACGGUUAAUGAUUUCAUGUUAGUCAGUUGGGAAGAAGGUAGCUAUAGAAUAACAGAUAAACCAUUUCCAAGAGGCGAGCUUAUUAUAGGUGGAGAUAACAUAUCACCUGGGUAUUAUAAAAAUCCUGAAAAAACUAAAGAAGAAUUUUUUGAAAAAGAUGGCAAAUGGUGGUUUAAAACUGGUGACAUUGGUCAGUUGGAAGCCGAUGGUGCCAUUAAAAUAAUUGAUCGUAAAAAAGAUUUGGUAAAAUUGCAAGGUGGCGAGUAUGUGUCUCUUGGUAAGGUUGAAUCACAACUCAAAACCUGCCCAGUUGUUGAUAAUAUAUGUAUUUAUGGAAAUCCAUUUCAUAUGUAUACAAUUGCAUUGGUUGUUCCCAACAGACAUCACUUGAUAGAUAUGGCUAAAAAAUUGAAUAUUGAAAAUGUAAAUGAAAUUAGUAUUGAAGAGUUGUUUUCAAAUAAGGAAUUGGAGAAAGCAGUUGUUGAUGAGUUGGCUGUUCAUGGUAGAAAAAAUAAACUUGAAAGGUUUGAAAUACCUACAGCAAUUAUAAUAUGUAAUGAUGUAUGGACACCAGACAAUAAUCUAGUGACAGCUGCUUUCAAAAUCAAACGAAGAGAAAUAUAUGAUAAAUAUAAAGUUCAAAUUGAUAAUUUGUACCAAUUUUGA